GUUUAAUGUAAACAUAGAGUCCUUUAAAAAACAUUCAAUGAUAAGUGAAUGCAACCAAUGAUCAGCUGAUCCAUGAAUAGGUGAUGAAAUGAGCGAUUGUGUGAUUAGGGGUUAAUCUGCCUCUUAAUCCAUUGUCGCAAUGCUAUUCAAAUUAAGUGAACGCUUGCUAUCAGUGAAGACAACACUGAAAGUGAGACAAUUGUAUGCAAUUCAUGUGAUCCAAGUUCAUGACUUCAGCGACAGAAAACAGGAAUCAUAUUUCAGUGCAAUCGGUGGUCACACGGAUGAACCCCCUCCUGACCUCAGCCCUCAACAGGUGAACACAAUAUUGAGAACAAAUGAGACGACGAUCUCGAAGAGUAUAUCAACCAUAAGACACAUUGAAUGCAAUCAAUUGGCGUCCAAUCAUCCCAUCGAAGACAGACUCAGAAUAUCUAAGUUUCACUUCAAUUGCAGCCAUUCCUCCAACACAUGUCUGUCCGACUCAAUCGCUUUCGCAGUAUUUGAUGGACACGGAGGAGGUUCUUGUGCUGACCUCAUAUCGCGUCGACUUUUCCAUUAUAUCGCUCUCUCAUUGAACCCAAGCCCACAAUCCUAUGAUAAAAAUCAAUUGAAUUCUUUGGUCGAAGACUUGUAUUACUGUCCCAAUCCUUACUACAACAUAACCCACAAGUAUGAGGACAGGGCGGCCGAGUAUCUCAAGAAAUAUCUCAAUGAAUCGGAACAACAAAUCUUAAGUAAAUUUACAAAAGAGUUAAAACCGACGACUGAUAUCUCGAUUGCGUUGGAGAACGCAUUCCUCAGGUGUGACAAUGACUUGAGCGAAGAGAUUGAACACAAUUUGCUGUCGUCUUCGUCCAACAUUUUACUCCAUUAUUACUUGUCAUUAGCGGUCAGCGGCUGUUGUGUCUCUCUUGUGCUCAUCCAUCAAAACACCGCUUAUAUCGCUUCUACCGGUGACUGUCGAGCAGUUCUUGGAUUAAACAAUAGUUCAAAGACGAAGACUUCUGUAAAGACAAUAGACUUAUCUAAAGAGCAUAACAGCGACAAUAUAUCGGAAUUAAAACGAGUUCUUUCUGAACAUCCAAAGAGUGAACAAAACAAUAUUAUUAGAAAUGAGAGACUUUUGGGACAAUUAAUGCCUUUAAGAGCUUUCGGAGAUUUUAGCUUCAAAUGGACUAUUGAUAAACUUAAGCGAUUAGGUCUGACCCGUGCCUUUGGCUCACACGUCAUACCAUCAUAUUAUAUGACACCGCCUUACCUGACCUGUAAGCCAGAGAUCGAAGUAAUGCCACUUAAAGACAUCGAAGAGAAUAAGAGAAAGUUUAUAAUAUUAGCAACGGAUGGGUUGUGGGAUCACUUUGAGGCCAACAGGAAAGUAGUUAAAUGUGUUAAUAAAUACUUAGAAACUGUGGACAAACAGACAUCCAAUGAAUCCAUUAAUGGAAUCGACUUCGAAGAGAACACAUCUCUCGUAGAAAUUACUGAUAAACUCAAAGGAAGGGCCAAACCGGCCGUCACUUCAUUCGAUGAAAUCACUCGCUUCGACGACUUGACUGAAGACACCAAUAGUGCCACUCAUCUGAUUAGGACUGCUUUGGGAGAAAUCCCUUCAAGUGAUCACAAUUUAGAUCAAUAUCAGCAACAAUUGCAAAGACAUACACGACUCGUCACUUAUUUAACUCUUCCGCAAUCAGUGGUCCGUAACUUCAGAGAUGACAUAUCACUGAUUGUAAUCGAUUUAAAAUAAUCUUUACUCCGU